ACUUGUCAUGUCAAACUUUUGGACCAAUGGCAAAUCAGCUCCGUGCAAUCGCGAAAGUCUAUUGGAAAGACCAGCCAAUCAGAGGGAGAGAAGCGUUGGAAGUCCAGCCUCCUGAUUUCAACAGAUUGAAAUGUAAGCCUGUCUCCAGCGCCGUCAGGAAACAGAUCGAGAAUUUUGUCCCUCUUGUUCCUUAUCGCACAAGAAGAUUUUCUUGGACGCGGUUUUGGACAGUGGACACGCUGGACGCGGAGCAGGAUCCACGGAGGAGGCACACACCGGACACCGUAUUCUUCAUUUGCGGGUUUAACACGAUGGAGCCAGCCUUCGGUGAGGUAAACCAACUCGGUGGUGUUUUCGUGAACGGUAGGCCGCUCCCCAACGCCAUCCGGCUCAGGAUCGUGGAGCUGGCCCAGCUCGGGAUUCGACCCUGUGACAUUAGCAGGCAGCUGCGCGUCUCCCACGGCUGCGUCAGCAAGAUCCUGGCCCGUUACAACGAGACCGGCUCGAUCCUCCCGGGGGCCAUCGGAGGCAGCAAGCCGCGGGUCACCACACCCACCGUGGUCAAGCACAUACGGACAUACAAGCAGAGAGACCCGGGGAUUUUUGCCUGGGAGAUCCGGGACAGGCUACUCGCCGACGGGGUUUGCGAUAAGUUCAACCUUCCCUCCGUCAGCUCCAUCAGUCGGAUCCUCCGCAACAAGAUCGGGAAUCUGUCCCAGCAGAGCCAGUACGAGUCGGGCAAGCAGGCGCCUCACCCACCGCCGCAACCAACGAUACCCUACAACCACUUAUACUCAUACCCGACGUCCAAAGUGCCCACUCCCCCUGGCAUGCCCACUCUUCCCGGACACAUGGCCAUGCACAGGAUAUGGCCUUCCUCGCACUCUGUAACAGAUAUUCUGGGGAUACGGUCUAUUACAGAGCAACAAAUUAGUGACAGUCCAUCCUUUUCCAGCGCCAAACUAGAAGAAUGGAGCGCUAUAAACAGGACUAAUUUCCCACCAGCAAGCUCUCCACUAGUCAAUGGCGUGGAUAAACCGCAUUUAGAACCUGAAGCAAAAUACACACAGACGCUGAAUGGAUUGCCCACAGUGAACAGCUAUGUCACAGCACCCAGCAUCCCUCCCUACCACCCUCCCACCCAAGUGUCACCCUACAUGGGGUACAGCGCCACCACGUCGGCCUAUGUGACCGGACCCACAUGGCAGCCGGCCAGUGGCAGUGCUCUAUCUCCCCACAGCUGUGACAUCGCCACCCCUCUGGCCUUCAAGAGCAUGACAGCCAACCGUGACGCCAUCCACCCGGUCACCGCCUCGGUGCUGUGAAGCCAGCCCCACAGACUGAUGGGAGAGAGAGCGAGAGAGAGAGAGAGAGAGAGAGUGUGGGGGAAGAGAGAGAGGGGGGGGGGGGCGAGAGAUGGCGAGGACAGUAGACACCAAGUCUGUCCCCUGUGGCUUAAUUUCAUUCCCACUGCCUCCUUUCUAUGAAGGACUCGGCCCCAGGACCCAUAUAUUGUGCCGCUGUGUGUGUGACCCCUCCUCCUCCUCCCGCUCCCUGCCAUACACACUCAUACCAAAGACACGAGGAAUAAACAGUCUGUCAAUUUUUUUUUACCACAAACUUGCAGGACAGGUGUACUGAAGGACUGAUGUAUGACUGCUACUCCGUCCAUCAACACAAUUUCUCUCAGAUUCUUUACUGCACACUUCUGCAAAUGUCUUUGGGCAAAAUGGGGUAAUGUAUAACUUCAAGAAUAAGCAAUCAAAGAAGAGGGAAAAAAAACUUUGCAUUAGUGUUUCAGGGUGCUUAUUAAUUGCUAUUGUUUUUUUUGUUUUUUUUAUGUUUGUAUGCUUUUUUUGUUGUUGGUGUUAUGUUUUGAUAAAAGUAACUGUCCUAUGGUGCAUUGUUUUCCCGCUUCUCUAAAAAUGUAGCCUGUGCAAGAGCUCCAGAGAGAAGUUUAUUUAUUAGAUCAAGGUACGUUGAAUGAAGUGCAAUUAGCCUCACAGACAGCAUGGGAAUCUCCACGCACGUUUAGACAAAAUUGGCAUUGGUCUUAUGUUGGAGUCUAGAGCAGUAACAAUUGACAAAUGUUGCACAAUGAAAUUGAAUGUAUCUUAUUAAAUUGUUUGGCUGUUUUUGGUCUUCAUGAAGUCUGCCGGUUGUUUGGGAGGAAAUCCUCAAUAUUUUUUAUUCUGAGAACAGAUGAGGUGUAGCACAGCUAGAAAUAUUCAUCUUUCCUGUCUCUCUCUUUCUUGCAGUGUAGCUAUGCUAAAUUCAGGGUGAAGUAGCCUACAGCCUGUUUUACAUGAGCAGGAAACUGCUUUUCAUAAAAAAAAAUGUGUGCGUGCAUUUUCUAUUACCACAUUUCAUGGCUCAUUAGGAAAAGUCAUCAGAAUGAGCGCAGUGUUUGUCACCACAUAAAGCCAUUCUUUUAAUAGCACAGAUCAGGUACGUGACCUCUCAAGUACGUUCUGUACAAAUUAUAAUAAGUAUUAGCUGAGUGACAAAGAAAUGUAAUUAUAUAUUUUUUUAUUCAUGAAACAAAAUGACAUUGGGUGAAAUUAUAAUAGAAAACGC